ACUGGUGUUCUGUUCUGUUAUCUUUCACCGUGGUGAGACGCUAGCGGCUAGACACUUAAGAGGAAAGACAAGUGAAUGUCGAAAUGUAUUAUUUAUGUGUAUGCUGUUUGUAUUUCCCCGAAAAAAAUGUAACUGAAAGACAAUUCUGAAGAUAGCAUAGCUCACACCGUUAAUUGUUCGAUUAUACGUCUUCAGUGUCAUCCUCCACUUUUUUCAGAAACAUAUGUAGCCUAUGAUAAGCUAGUGAAAUUUGAAAUAUUGCUUAUCUCUCUAAAUUAUGUGCAUGCCAGGUAUACAUGACAGACUUCGUAUGCAGCAAUAUCAAUGUCUCUUUUUCUCUGUGUGUUUUCCUGAAACCAGAUAUGUAAUCACUCGAAGAAAUAGUUUCUUUUUUGUUUUCAGUUAGCAAUUAGUGGAAGAUCACUUAGAGAAGAAGAAUGAUUUCCGCAUUAAAGGGUGAAAUUGACAUCCAGAAAUUGCCUGUGGAUUCAGAGGAACACAAGUUUAAUUCAUGGAAAGUAAAAUACAAGAAAAGUCACAUACUACACUCAAAAUGUGUCAAUGGGCCUUGCGAAGACGAUAAAAAUAAAUGCUUGUUGUGCAUUUACAACAGUGAACUAGAGCUUCCACAUUUACCUGACAUGGUGUUCCCCAACAAUGUGAUGGUGCUACAGCAUGAUAAUGGUUGUGGAAUAGAGUUCAAUGCCUUGGAUGCUCUGCGAAGAGUCAGUAAUGGAAAAUUAUCUUUGAAAGUUGCCUGUUCUGAGGAAUGGAAGGAAUCAAGACAGGAGCAUGGAAAUCUUGAUGAAGUUAAGCCAUUUGACUGGACAUUUACCACGGACUAUAUGGGCACAUUGUUGGGAAAUUUUAUUGUCAGACAAACAGAUGAGAGGAUAAAUAUUGAGAAACUACGGCAAAGGGAGCAAAUAUUAUUUUAUAAUGAUCUCACAUUGUUUGAAGAUGAGUUACAUGAUAAUGGCAUUGCAGUUUGCUCAGUGAAAGUGAGGGUAAUGCCAAGUAGUUUCUUUGUCUUGUUGCGGUACUUCCUGAGGGUGGACAAUGUCAUGUUGCGAACAAAUGAUACUCGGCUGUAUCAUGAAUUUGGAACAGAUUUUAUACUGAGAGAAUAUACAUCUAGAGCAGCUCAGGCAUCCGAAAUAAAACAUGUUCCACCUUCUGUCCUCAGAGAACCAAAUGAGGUGUCACCACUUCUUCCAUUAAUUGAGUCUCAUUAUUCUAAACUUAGCUUCCCAGAAAGCAGUUCUUCAGGAAUAAAAUAAUUUGCAGAAUGUAUGAUAAAGCCAAUGUUGUCAUUUUUGGUGUGUGUGUGUGUGUGUUUUUUAAAUAAUUGAUGUACUUUAUAUUGCUGAAGUAUGUUUAUAUUGUCAAGUACAUGGGUUUUAGCAGUAGUUAAAAUGUAAAAUGCAAGGGAAAUCGAGUCUGUGAACUCGUGUAAAAACAUGUGGCUCAUACUGAUUAAGCCUUGAAUAAUCAGUGAGACCUGUUGUCAAUGUUAGUAACAGUGAUCAAUCCAUUCCAUGGAAUUGAGGAAAUUGAAUAAUUGAUGUAUAUUGCUUCUCUAGAGCUGCAAACUUAAUGAAAUGAUGUAGGUUUCAUUUCUUUAUCCUGUUUUUUGCCUGUGCGUUUGUCUGUAAUGAGAGAACUGUUACAUCUUUCCUACACCCCAUAUAAUGUAUUUACUAUUUCAGAAAUCUACCAGUAUAUAUGUAGAAUCAUAAUUAGUUGCCAUAUUCUCAAUUAAUUAUGAAAGCAUUAAAUUUUGUGAGCACUGUUGAGGACGUCAAAAAAGUUGUUAACCAUUACAAUAACAGAAUAGGUACAUAUUGAAUAGGUGUUUGUAAAAUUAUGUAAACAUUAUGUUUAAUGAGACACUGUACUUUGUGCUCAUUUCCCAUCACGCGCACACGCGUGUGUGUGUGUGUGUGUGUGUGUGUGUGUGUGUGUGUGUGUGUGUGUGUGUGUGUGUGUACACCAUGAAAAAUUGUUAACCAGUACAAUAUAUUGUGAACAGAAUAGGUAUUCAUUGAACAAGUGUUCACAGAAUUAUGUAAACAUAAUCUUUAGUGAGACACUGUACUUUGUGCUCAUUUCCAACCGUGUGUGUGUGUGUGUGUGUGUGUGUGUGUGUAAAAGCAGACAUCAUGUUUUAUCAAUAUACAUUAAAAAAGUGAAAUUUUGAAAAGUAAA